CUGUCAAAAUAAACAGCUGAUAGCUGGUUAAUGACGUAAAAAUAAUGUCCCAAUCGUUAAGGCGCCAGGUGCUGAGUGCAUUUAAAAAGCUACAUCGCACUCGUGAGUAUGUGUUUGACGGUGACGAGAGGGCGCUUUUGGCCGGCCGACAUAAGAUCAACGAAUCUUUUCAGCAAAAUCGAAAUGAAACCAAUGAGGGAGAAAUUCAAAAGAUGAUUAAAUUAGCGGAGGAAGUGGACUACGAGUUGCGAACGAAUGUAAUACAGGCCAAACAGACAAAAGAUAACGUCUACGAGCUUCGCAUAACGCCGGAAACAACUCGCAUGGACAAUGUGGUCUUCAAUCCCGAUGCAGUUAUUCAAGCACCACGCAAACGACAAGGUGAUAAGUCUACAGGUUGUUGUGGUGGGGCAGCGAUGGCUGCUCUGGAGGCCGAGUUGGAUUCGCGUAGUAAGAAGUAAAAAAUACACAUUGUGAAUAACUUAGCGAAUUAAUCUAAAUUAUAUGUAUAUAAUAUUA